GGAAAAAGAAAUGUCGACAAUUCUCCUCUUAUUACUCCAGAAGUCUUAACCUCAUCCCUCUUCGCCUGCAACCGUAGAGGCCGCUCUCUGCCUCUUCUGCCCCACGACACUUUUCUCUUGACUCUAUACAUUUCAGAGAGCCGCACCACUCAGAUUCCAAGUAGAUUCCGAGCAGAAGCGUUGCACUAAACAGAAUCCAAUCAAGAGUACGUAGCUUUUUGUUUAACUUAUACAUUGCUCAUCAUGGUUUCGAUGGCCAUUGUACCUUGUGGAAGUACAUCAAUUGCUCAAUGGGGCAUUCCUCCUCAGUGCAUGCUAAGACCUUCAACAAAUAAGAUAUCCCCAAUCCAAUAUGGUGUCACAAGCAGGGUCAGCAACAUAGCAGCAGUAAGCUCAAGCUUCUUCUCUAGGGGUUCCUUGAGUGUUCUAUUUGACACAAGAUCAUCCUCACAAACUUCACAUCGACGGAGGGGCGGGUUGCUUGUCGUUAGAGCAGAUAGUGAUUAUUACUCUGUCCUUGGGGUGUCCAAAAACGCCAGUAAAUCUGAAAUUAAAAGUGCUUAUCGGAAGCUUGCUAGGAGUUACCAUCCGGAUGUGAACAAAGAGGCUGGGGCUGAACAAAAAUUCAAGGAAAUUAGUAAUGCUUAUGAAGUCUUGUCCGAUGAUGAAAAACGCUCACUCUAUGAUAGAUAUGGAGAGGCUGGCCUUAAAGGUUCUGGUAUGGGCAUGGGGGAUUUCAGCAAUCCUUUUGAUCUCUUCGAGUCCUUAUUCGAGGGCAUGGGUGGUAUGGGCAUGGGAGGCAGAGGUUCGAGGAGUAGUGCAGUUGAUGGACAAGAUGAGUAUUACAAUCUUGUGUUGGACUUCAAGGAAGCUGUUUUUGGUGUCGAAAAGGAGAUCGAGAUUAGCAGACUGGAGAGCUGUGGAACUUGUGAAGGAUCUGGCGCUAAACCUGGAACAACACCAACUAAAUGUAGCACAUGUGGUGGUCAAGGGCAGGUCAUCUCGUCUGCAAGGACUCCUCUAGGAGUCUUCCAGCAGGUAAUGACUUGCUCUUCAUGUGGUGGUGCUGGGGAAAUAUCCACGCCUUGCAACACAUGUUCUGGGGAUGGGCGAGUACGGAGAACAAAGCGGAUAAGUUUAAAAGUUCCAGCAGGGGUUGAUGCUGGUAGCCGUCUAAGAGUUAGAAAUGAAGGGAAUGCAGGAAGGCGAGGUGGAUCUCCAGGGGAUCUCUUCGUUAUUAUUGAAGUUGCACCCGACCCCGUGCUUAAACGUGAGGAUACGAAUAUCUUGUACAGUUGCAAAGUGUCGUACAUAGAUGCCAUAUUGGGCACUACCAUUAAGGUUCCAACAGUAGAUGGGAUGGUUGAUUUGAAAAUCCCUGCUGGGACACAGCCAAAUACAACACUUGUGAUGUCGAAGAAAGGAGUUCCGCUCCUAAAUAAGAGGAAUAUGAGGGGAGAUCAAUUAGUUCGCGUGCAGGUUGAAAUCCCGAAGAAGCUGAGCAGCGACGAGCGGAAGUUGAUCGAGGAACUCUCAGAUUUGAGCAAAGGCAAAGCUGUAAGCAGUCGAAGAUAGCUUCCACUCCAAAGCCAGGUCAGGAAUUACUUUCCCCUUCAUUUUCUUCCUGCACCUUUCGCUCAUUCCAACGAUUCAUACGUCUUACGUUGUAGUGUAGUAGGUCAUUCAAUGUUACUUCAAUUUUUUCAACAAUAUCGUCAAUCAUAGGAACGAAAUGUAAAUCAAAGAUAACUCUUUGAUCAUGAAUGUUUGAAUACAGACAUGUUAUGGUUUAUUGAUUGAUUUAUAUUUCUCAUUCUGUCAA